AAGAUUUAUGUUUGUAUGUCCACCGCGGAAUAUCUAAGUACAAACACGGUACGAAUGGUGCAUAAACGUUGUUGAUAAUACUGACUAAGACUAUAUGGAAGUCCUAGUGUUCCUUGUUCAUCCAGUUUUUGCGUAGAUAAUAAUGGAUCCUGAGGAUAUCGCUAAUAAUUGCCAGUUUGUUCCUCUGAGCGCAAUUCAAACUGCGAUUGAAUAUAUAAAUACUCCAAGAGAGCAAUCUCGUGACAACUGUAAAAGAAAACUACUUCAGUUACAGAAGAAUGCUACUUUAGGCUUAUAUGCCAAACAAACUAAACAAACUGCAUUGAAGGACAAAUUCCACAUCGCUCUUACAAGAGCUAUUUAUUCUCAUGACUGGAACAAGUUACUGUACUUAUUAAAAAAGUCGCCGAUAUGGCAACAGAGUGCUAAUAGACUGCACGGGCAAACACACUAUAUAAGAGCAUUGGCAAUAUUGAUGAUGUUCUAUCCUGCUGCUCAGUCCCAGGGUACUCUGCAGGAGUACAUUCACAUGGUCUGUUCAUGUCGUACUGCUGAGGAGAAGAAGGCACUCAUGAAACUGAUCUUAACAUUACCUGAGAAGAUUGUUGAGCAGCUCAAGUUGUAUCCGUUUCAGAGACUAUAUUUGAAUGAAUAAAAAUGUUAUAUUUGUAUUUAAGCUCAAUUGUGAUAUUAAUGUUCCUAAAUAUUAAAUAGGCACUGAAUUCCAUAAUCUACAUUGAAAC